AUGGUCAAUGAGGACUUCACCAAGGAAGGCCGCUUCAUCAUAACCGGGAAUAUAGUCCACUGGGCCUCAUCUAAAUGCAAGCGCGUCACUCGGAGUGUACUGGCCUCAGAAAUCUACGGAUUGUCAACUGGAUUUGAUCAUGCAAUCACUCUGGCCAGCACUGUCAGGAUGAUCACGGAUCAUCUCAACAUGCCCGCAAUCCCUGUCGUAGUCUGCACCGAUAGCUACUCACUAUAUGAGUGCCUCGUUAAGCUUGGGACGACCAAGGAAAAGCGUCUUAUGAUUGACCUUAUGGCGCUUCGACAAUCAUAUGAAAGACGAGAGAUUGAGGAGAUACGCUGGAUCCAUGGAGACGACAAUCCUGCGGACGCUUUCACGAAGGCGAACCCAAAUGGAGCCCUAAGGGACUUCAUUGACAAUAACAAAUUGACAAUUCAUGUGGAGGGGUUCGUUGACAGAACCAAGCAGGACUUGGGGGUAGCCAUUGACGUUGUUUGAGAUUAUUCUUGGUGGUUUCGUUUUGACCUUUUUGUCAUGUGGAUGGGUUGAUAAUCCUGGUCGUCCAUUGACUGGUACGUGUAUGUUUUUCUGCGUCGUUUUCGGGACAAUUGAGACCUC